AUGUCAACUUUUCAGAAUGUCAUUGACGUUGGCCGCAUUGGGACGCUGCUGGCGCUCGCCACUGCAGUUUACAUCUCAAUCAAAGCCUUCCACCGCAUCCAGCAGACAUACAGGGCUCGUCGUCGCUACCAGGAUAUCCCACAGUUGCCUCGACAUCCAAUAUGGGGCCACCUGAUCAACAUGGGAGAGAAGCUCAACCCGGCCCUUCGGCGACAUCCAGACUAUGCCUUUGAAGAAAUUUGGAUUUCGCUCGGCAGGCCUCCUGCAUUUCUGAUGGACUUGCACCCCGUCGACCGCGCCUUCUUGAUCGUGGCAGACCCGGCACUGGCCGAGGAAGUCUCACAGCCGAACUCAACCUUCAAGUACUCGCUCCCGAAGAGUGAUACGCUCAUGUCCAUGUACCGCCUCAUUGGCCUGGAGUCAUUGAUCACCGCCGAGGGCGAAGAAUGGAAGACCCUCCGGCGGAGAUUCAACAAGGGCUUUUCACCGCAGCAUCUGCAUACUCUGGAUGGGCUGAUCGUGUCCAAGACACGAGAUUUCGUCGAGCGACUGAAACAGGCAGCCGAGAGCAAAGAGACAUUCCUGCUCAAAGACUACGCCCAAGAUUUGACCACGGAUAUCAUCACCACCGUCGCCAUCGAGAAGGACUACCGCGCGCAGACGCUGCCAGAGGGAGUCGGGUCGAAGAGCGCUUUCGGGAUGCUGACCGCCUCGAGACUCCUCUCGAAGCUGGUCUUCCCCGUGGGCCGGGGGUUCAACCCGUUCGUCUACUUUGAUCCGAUCCGGCCUGCCAAGUCAUGGUUCUAUGAACAAGUCUUCAAUCGCGAACUCGCCGCUCGGGUGCGGGAACAGGUCGCUCUGGAGCGGGCACAAACCAACGAGAAGUCCAACGGAUCCACCGAGAGCAUCGCGACAAAACAGAGGUCCAUUACCCGCCUCGCACUCUCGGGACUAGAUCCCGAUGCGGCGUUGGUCCGAAACACGGUCUCGCAGAUCAAAAGCUUCCUGUUCGCCGGGCAGGACACGACCGCCACGCUGAUUCAAUGGCUAUGCUUCGAGCUCUCCAAAGCCUUGUGGUCCCCUCGCUCGGCGGCCAUCCUGCAACGGCUCACCGCGGAGCAUGAUGCCGUGUUCGGGACGCGAGGCGGUCCCUUCAACGCUCUCGACGUCCUCGGCCGGACGGACGAAGCAGGACGAAAGGACACGGAGGCCAUACUAGGCAGCCGCUUACCAUACACGACGGCGUUCGUCAAGGAAACACUCCGAAUGCACCCCCCUGCCGCCACCGCGCGACGCGUCCCCGAAUUGUCGGCUCAGAACCCGACGCCCGUGACCAUGAGGAUACGCACAUCCCGCGGCGACGAAAAGGACGUUCUCGUCAACGGCCUGAGGAUUUACAGCGCACAGCACCUUAUCCACCAACACAAAGAUGUCUGGGGUCCCGACGCACAUGUCUUUCGUCCCGACCGGUGGCUCGACGAACAGUACAUGUCGAGACUGCCCACCGGCGCGUGGCGGCCCUUCGAGCGUGGUCCGAGGAACUGUAUCGGACAGGAACUAGCGAUGGUGGAGGCCAAGGUUGUACUCUGCGCCGUCGCACGGGGCUUCUCGUGGGAAAAGGUCGGCUACUCGGGGAGGAACCAGGCCGAGGGCAUGGAGAUACCGAGGGGUGAUGGCACGGACGAUCCGGAGCGAGAAGUGUGGAGCACCCACCAGGUCACGUCGAUUCCAGUCGAUGGCAUGAAGAUGAGGGUCCGUGUGAUGGAGUAG